AUGCUUCUUCUUCCUAUUUUAUUUUCGAUAACAGUGUAUGUGAGAUCGCUGCAGCUUACGAAACUCCAUGUGCCCACUAGUGUACAGGUGGGAGGGCAAGCGCAUUUGUCAUGUGUUUGGCAGCUUGGACCUGACGAUGUGCUGUACUCAGUCAAAUGGUAUAAAGACGGCGAGGAGUUUUUCAGAUAUGUACCAAAGAAUCAAACGCCUCUGAGAAAAUUCUCACUACCCGGAAUUGAAGUUACGGAGGCAGAUUCUUUUGGUGCAAAUUUGACAUUAGCCGUCGACAACAUAAUAACGUCUGGGAGAUAUCGCUGCGAAGUAUCUGGGGAGAAACCGUUCUUUCCAACUGUUUCAAAAUAUGGUGACAUGCAAGUGAUAGUGCUCCCCGAUCAUGGGCCAGUGAUAUCAGGUCUCUUGAAAAGAUACAGAAUUGGCGAUAAACUUUUAAUAAAUUGCGUGUCAGGCCGAUCAUGUCCAGCUACAGACCUUACAUGGUAUAUUAAUGGAGAACCUGCUUUGUCAGAUAUUCAUUCACUCGAAUAUCAAAAACUUAAAGGAGGUCUCACAGUCACUAAAUCCACAUUAGAAUUAGAAGUUAAAGAUGUGUAUUUUAAACAUAGUAGACUUAAUGUCAAGUGCCUUGCCACACUACAUCCGAUAUAUUGGAAAAGCAUAGAACAAAGCGCUAUAAGGGAAAGAAAUGCGAUCGAAAAAGUUCUAUAUAUAAAUGACGCUUUAAAAUUUGAACUUGAUGACGAUCGCGAAAGGAAUUCUAGUUAUCAAAUUCAACAUGUCGGCGUAUUUUGGUUUGCAGUGAUUUUUUACUCAUCGGUGACUAUUUUUUAG